UAUAAAAGGGAGUUUAUAAACAGAGAAUUUACGCAUAUUUCAAACGAAACGACAAAUUAUUUUAGAGAGAUUAAAAAUAUGAGUCUUGUAAUUAAAUAUAAUAAAUCGUUUUACGAUAUUUUAUGGACGUAUAUCGUCGAAUUAGGUGAAACCACUUCUAGCAUUUUUAAAUUCAUUGCUGUCGUUGUUGUAACUGGAGUUAUUUCAUACACACUUUACCGUUUUCAUGAAUAUCAUUAUAAAAAAUUUAUAAGCGCAUCAAAACAAAAUUUUACGCAAUCGCAAGUCAUAAAAAAUUAUAAUCGUUCCUUCGCUCGAUGCCAAAGCAUUAUUAGUCAUAAAGAAAUGUUGAAUGCGUUAGAAUAUGCAGCUAAUAAAUGCUCUGAAAAAGUGUAUGCAUUAAAGUGCAUUGAUGUAGUAGUUUGUUGUCCACAGUUAUUAAAUAUAAGAUCUCCAUUAAAUGGUUUAACACCUUUCCAUCGUAUUUGUUUCCAAGGACAUACAUAUUUAAUAGCAUUUAUGUUAGCAAAAGGUGCUGAUCCUUUUGCUACCACUAAUAGAGGGGAAAAUGCUCUAUGUAUGGCUGUUUAUCAUUUGCUUAAUAAUCCAACAAAAAAUGACUUUUCAUGUCUUGAAAUGCUCUUACAAACUGGAUGUGAAUUUGGUUUAAAUAAUGAAUGGUAUAGUACUUUACUAAAGAUGGCCUUUAAUAAUAAUCAUACAAAAUUAGCACAAUGGUUAAUUGAACAUCAUAGUACAUCAUCAUAUAAAAUCUUACGAUGCUCUUCUUCACCACCAAUUACAAACAAUUAUAAACUUAGUAUGUAAAUUAGUAUGAAACAAUUACUUUGA